AUAUCGAUAUAGAUGGCGUUAGUGGAUGGGUAUACUUUUUCAUUUUCUCCUGGACCGCACUGAAAAUAUUCACGAACUCUUUACAGAAUUUAGGUAAUUAUGAACGUGUUUAAAACAUGAUUACAGAUUCAUUAAAAAGGAAGUGGAAUGGUAAUAGUACUGUUAAAGGAGAGUGGUCUAAAUAUCGAGUAAUAGAUAAACCGUUUUAUCCAUACUUUCUUUUGAAUGAGACUCGGCUAAAAGGUCAGGUAAAAACGGAUCACAAACGCAAACUGCCCUUAGACCCUGUCACUACAGAAAAGAAAGCGAAAUUGGAGAACGAGCCGGUUUGUAUUACUUAAAUUGUGUAUAAAAAAUAUAUAAAUAACAUUCUAUUUUUUAUUUAUUUACUUAUUUGUAGUUUGAAAAUGGUGAGCGAUUUUAUAAUGAUUUCAUACACUUAUUUAGAUACAUCCUGAAGAAAUGAAGCAAGAGUUCAAUGAUAUUAACUACUGGAAGAUUUCUUUACCAGAUAUAUCUGCAGAGUUAUUGCAUAACGAACGCGAUGAUAAUAUGGAUUUGGAGGAGAAUUUUAAUUGCUAUCAAUAUUGGAAAAUGCCUCAUCUUGAAUUAGAUUCAGAAAGUUUUUAAGUUCAAUAAUUGAUACCAUUUUUUUUCAAAAUUGUCUCGUAUUACUCUUUUAUAAGUUAGUUGGCUUCGGCUUACGAUUUCUGUAUGGAUUGUUUGUGCCUUGAUAAAGCCUUGAAAUCCACUAACGUGUUCAGAUAAUUCCGAUUUUUGAAUAAAUAGACUUUUUACUUUUUUUAAACUGUUUGUCAAAAGUAUGAAAGAUUGGCUCGAGUAUGUGUAUACACUACAGAUGGCGGUAUUAAACGUGAGUGUUAGCCAAUCACCGUUGAAGGAAAGUGUCACAUUACAACGCAUAGCGGGAAAAGCCUACACACAAGCGUUUUUGCAAUACCGUAAGGUUAGUUUUCAAGAGUCUGCCUCUGUUUGGUUAGAAACAAUUUAACUAAAUCAACUGGACAAAAGGAUAAACGAAACAAAGAGUUUGAAAGAUAUGAACUAUAGCUGGAGGACGCUUUCUGCUUAAAGGUCUCGCAGCGGACAGUAAGAAAGCCCCUGGGGGCCAAAGAGAAUUUUAUUAUUCAAUUUAAAGGGCUUCAGGGAGAUAAGAAGGCCGGGUGGACAGUAGGUAGGAAAGGGAAAACAAAUAGAAUAAACGCAAUGCGUGAAUUACAAAAUAAACUUGUAAUAUUGUGAACAAAUCGGAUAUGCAAACUACAAGUCCAGUGUACAACAUUAGAAAACCACAACCUCCGCCUAGGGAUCCUGGAACGAAGAUUCAAAGUGUGAGAACUUUUCAGGAUGUGCCUAGGCCUAGUGUUCGACGUUUGAAUAGGAGUCGAUCAAGCCAAAUUACGGCCUCUCUAGAUCACAUGAAUGCCACUGUUGAUCUAGCUUCGCCAGCGCCCCCUGCAACAGGCCAAGUUAACCCUACUUACAGGCACGACUAUGAGAAUGUCCAAGCCUAUUCGCCAAGGGAAGAGGAGCAUAGAGCCAGAAUAGAACAUAAGAGUCGGCCCGUACCCGAAUACUCUCCGAUUGGGAGGCAGAAGUCGAUAUUGUCGAAUAGAAGCAUGAUAAGUUAUAGGGAAUCGACACCAGCUCCACAAACAGAUAGCUUAAACAGAUCGACAUCAAAGUUCGACUCUUUGAGAAAAAGUUUCCUCGGGAUCUCUCGCCCCAGUUUAAGCUCCUCUAGGAUUACAUUAAUACGGGGUUUGGGAUUGGGAAAUGCUUUAACUUCAUUAUGCGCUAUAACACUCGCAUCCCUCGUCUUCGCCGUUUUGUCCAUGAUGCUUCUGUUCCAGUUUAGUGAGAAAAAAAUGAGCAUGAGUUCCAGCAAUUCUGUUGUCACACAAACUGUAUACAGCUCGACGUCUGAAGCAGGCGUUGCUCUCACCUCUCUAUCAGUUAUGCUGAACUUGUGCUGUGUAACAGCAGGUAUACUACAGUCUUUCUUCUCUGCCAAGCUACUUAAAGUACCUCAGGGCGAGGAAAGGUUUGUUUUCUUUAUUUCUUUAUCGGACCGUUUUAGGGAAGAGUAGUAAUAUAGGUCAAAGUAAUUUACGAGCGGCGCUUCCUUUUAAUGUACCCUCACCGCCUCGUAAUUUUGACGUAAGGUGAACAAUUGAAGCCUAAUCGUAAGGAAAAAACCAUAAAGAAAGCAAAUAUAAAAAAAGAAAGGGAAGAUAUCCGUUAGUUGAUACUCGUAGGAGGGAGCGCUUGACGCCUGUUAAACCGUUAAGUUGACCCGGGGUCAACCCUUCAACCUACUGUUCGCUGUUUACGGAACUCUUACGACAUCAAAAGAAUCUCGAGAGCUCGUUAGUUUUCCAAACUACUCCUCCUAUCCAACCUCGGCAGGUGUUUGAAAUUUUCAGGCCCGAGCUAAUGGUUCUUUUCAGAAAAUUUUAUUUAAUUCCUUACAUUUUCAAUUACCUUCCCCCUAACCGACAAUUUAAUGGUUCUUUCACUUCCGGUUUCAACUCCGAUGACAGUUAGAAAUGAUAUUUUAUUAAUUGGCUGUUCAGGACUUGGCAUGUUUACGGGUCGAUUGAUGUGGUAGAUAAGCGUGAAAAAUGAGAGGGGGAAUAGAUUAAAUUUACUGAUACAGCUUGUAAUAAAAAAUUUAGGUAAAUUGUUACUUAUUUCUAAGGUAUAUAGUAACAAUUUCUCAAGAUUGGGUUUAUAUCAUUUCUUAACAAAGUACGUAGAGGAUAGAAGCUUUCAAGUAGUCUUAUUUGCUAAUUCAUCAUUCGUUGUAACUUGUGAAAAAGUCGAUUGUACUGAAGCCCAAAGCUAUUGUUAAUGAAUUUUAAUACCUCCAUUCUUGGGGGAAAUAAAUGCAUUGAAAUCGCUACGGUAAAAGGGAGUUUUUUUUGGAUAAUAUUUAUAUAUAUAUAUAUACUAUACUGUAUAUAUAUUUAUAGAUAUAUCAAUAUAUCUUUUAUUUUUCAAUAUUAACACUAUGGUUUUUUGAAAUGCUUAUAACGUAUUUACGCCUUCGCGAUUGAUUGCAUUCUCACUUUGCUUGCUCAGAUCACCGUAUAGUCUUUAAUUGAAAUUCCUCCGUUGUCCAUGAGUAUCUCGAUUGAAUAAAAGUUCUUCAUUGGCCAUUACAGCGCAAACUAGAAUUUACUCGAUAAAAUAAAAAUACCCUAGGUUCACUUUCACUAGAUACAAAGAAACGUCUGUCCAGGUACUCAACGGGACGUCUCAACGAUAGCGCGGGAUGGGUAUAUAUUAUUUAUAAUACCUGAAUAUUUAUGAACUAAGGUAUUUCUGGAAUUUUAUUUUAAACUUCCAACCGAGGAGGGAUACUUCACACAUUAAAUCACGUGACCGCAAUUCCAAAAUGAACUGUGGGCACCUCUCAGUGGAAAACCUUUGAACAUAUGUCGGAAGUAACACGCGACUAGAAAGAAUGACAGUAAACGAUUUAAAUAUACAAAUAAUACUUCAACUUGUGUAUAAAAAACGCAUUUGUGUCUCAAUGGAAGUGAAUUAUAAUAAAGUGAGCGGUGGGAAAAAAGAAAAGUGUUCAAAAAACCUUUCCGUAACCCCUUUAUGCCUUUGUAAUUUUUUUAAGCCCUAUAUAUUAUUGCCUUAUGUUAUUUCAGUUACCUUACUAAAUUUUCAGUUUCUAAGCCUAGCUCUCAAUAUUCUUUUGAUGUCUUUACCUAUCCGCGAAACAUCGAAAAAUAUUGCAUAACGCUAUUUGACAGCGUGAGAAACUUUAAAUCACCAAAAAUGAACAAAGAUUCAAAACAUGAGCUUUUUUCUAGUAUUUCUUUUAUUCUGUUUGAACCAUUGUUCAACAUGUUUAAUCUGUACCAAUCGGCUUUGUUAUUUCGACGGUGAUCUAUUGUAGUAGAUAAAUUAGUGAAGAACGCAAGAUGGCAUCAAUAGUCGAUAGCAAUAUAACAACAAUUCGAUAGGUGGCGACACCUGUUGGAUAAACAUGGUAACACUCUGUCGUCGAAUCAGCCUUUAAAAUAGUUUACUUUUAGUUUUUUUUACUAUAUAAUUAGUUUUUUUUAUAUUUACAGAGCAUUUCGGUACCUGAAAGAAUGCGCCGGAACGCGAAUGAUUGCUGUGGGCGGUUUCUUCUUUUCAGUUCCAUGCUUCUUAAUAGCUACUCUUCUUUAUAUCCUUCUUGAAUUUCGGACGGCGUCUGCAAUUAUAGCAAUAGUUGUCUUUACAGUUGGCGUAGCUUUUGUACUGGCCACGGUUGUGCACUCAAUCUACUUUUGGAGAUGUGAAAAAGCCGACGUAGACUUGGACGAAAAAACGAAACCGACAAUGAACGGUGCUUUACCUCGUAAGGCGGAACAAUCAAUUAGCCAUUGUGAAUUGUCGACACUCGUCUAAAGCAAUAACGGAGGGCGGACAGAAGAAAGUUAUAAAAAAAAAAUCCUAAAGAGAGAGACAGAGAGAGAGAGACACAGAGAAAAAGAAGAUGAAUGAACGAAGAAAAUGAAAAAAGUGAAUAAAAAGGGAACAAUAAUGUUUUCUGGUGCCAAUAAUAUAUUAUUAUUUUUUAUUUGCUACUAAUAUUUUUACGCAUAAAAAUUGUCUGCUUUUUCACUUUUGAACGAUGAUUUUUUGUAGUUUUUAUUAUUAUCAUUACUAUUAUCGUAAAAGAUAUGUUUAGUAGUUUGAACAACAGUAUUAA